AUGGAUGAUUCAGACGAGGAGUUUGUAUCGACGCCUAGUGGUUCUCGAUCUCCUUCAUCACGGUUGUCUUCUGCCGUAUCCGAUGCAGUACCGCGAGCAGGAGUCUCAGCAAGAACAAGGUCACAGCAUAAUGGCAAAGUGAGUGACUUGAAAAGGGCAAAUGGAUAUGCAUGGGAGGAUGAGUAUCAGAGAUCAUGGGAUAUAGUAAAGGAUGACGAACUGGGCAGUGGCUCAUUUGAGGCAAUGGUGCAAUCAAUCAUUGAAAAUAGGAAGAAAAAGAUUAUGAAAAAUCCUAGCACACCAUUCCAAAGGGGAAUCAUUAGAACAUUGGUCAUUAUCGUUGACGGGACGCUAGCGAUGGCAGAAAAAGACUUGCGCCCAACGCGACUAUCACUAACACUAAACUAUUUACUGGAGUUUGUUGUGGAAUUCUUUGAUCAAAAUCCUAUAUCACAACUAGGUAUAAUAUUAAUGAGAAAUGGUGUGGCUAAUUUGAUCAGCGAGGUGAGCGGACUGCCUCAAUAUCAUAUAGACAGGUUGCGACAAUUGAAAGCAAGGCAACAUAACAAAUACGAACCAAAAGGAGACCCUUCGUUGCAAAAUUGUUUAGAAAUGGCACGAUCCUUGCUAAAAUUCAACUUUGGCUCUGCUUCAAAUAAUUCAAAAAACUCAAAGGAGAUAUUGUUAGUAUUUGGCUCGCUAUUCACCAGUGACCCAGGUGACAUCCACAAGACAAUAGACAGCUUAGUCAAGGAUAACAUUAAGGUCAGUGUGAUUGGGCUUUCAGCUCAAGUUGCCAUAUGUCAAGAAUUGGUUAAUAAAACUAACCACGAGCUGCGAAAUUCAUCAUCAAAGCAUUACGGGGUAAUAAUGAAUGAGACACACUUUAAAGAGUUGUUAAUGGACUGUGUGACACCAUUGCCAUUGCCAGAGAGUGAGGAAAUCAAGAUUGAAACAAAAGGGGUGCCUUUGAUCAAGAUGGGGUUCCCUUCCAAAGUACAACCCAAUGCAACCUCCACUAUAGGAAACUCGGAAUAUACAGUGGAGUUCCCUCAACUCAAUGCAUCGUACCCAACGCAAGGCUCCAACGAUUCGAAAGAUGUUGUUGAAGUGAAUUCUGGUUUAGCAAUGUCGCAAACUUUUGGCUACCAAUGUCCCCAAUGCAAGAGCAAAGUGUGCAAUUUACCUACGAUUUGUCCAGUGUGUGGGCUCAUGCUUAUACUCUCUACGCAUUUGGCGAGAUCUUAUCAUCACUUGGUACCUCUUGCCCCAUAUAAGGAAGUUCCUCUAUCUACGUCUUACGAUAGAGAAUACUGCUACGGGUGCCAGUUGAUAUUUCCUUCAGGAGUAAAGUCAACUAAAAACACUGGAACUAUCGAUUCUCUCACAAGCUCAAGAUACAGGUGUGCCAAUUGCUGCAACGAUUUUUGCAUAAAUUGCGAUGUCUUUAUUCAUGAAGUGUUGCACAAUUGUCCUGGUUGUGAAAAUGCUCACUAA